GGAGUAAAAUGGCUAGGAAAGACUUGUAGGUGUUCCCACCACAUGUUUACAGAAAGUCAAUGCGAAGAUGAGGACCAAUGGAUUGCCUGACAAGAGAAGCGCGAUCGUCUCGCUCCUCCUUAAACGAUUGGAUUUUGCUUCACCCAACAUUUGUCUGCAAUGGACUUAUGCUUCCUCCUUAUCGCUUUGGGGAUCAUGAUCAUGUUUCCUGCUCUUUGCAGAUGUUCAGCUUCAAUGUUUGAAACCUGUUCCAAUUCUUCAGCUUCUUGUCUUGCACCUAAUGGCAACAUCAACAUCCAAUUUCCCUUCGGCGCUGCUCCUGGUUGCGGUCACCAAGAUUUUCAGAUCCAGUGUCACAGUGAGCAUUUCCCAACAAUAAAGAUCGGCAGGCACGAAUACAGAAUACUACAGUUUAACUAUCCUGAGCAGAGCAUCCAAAUUGUGGAUGAAGCGGCUCUUUCUACUUACUGCUAUCUGCCAAAUGCAACCCUAACCAUCUCAGGCAGUCCGUUCCGGCUGCUCCCACAUUCCACACUUUAUCUUUUCAUCCACUGCCAAAAGCAGGUUCGAAAUUUCUCUCAAAUAAAUUGUAGCACAGAUUCUUACCUGGCUUUCUCUGAUGAUGACAUAAAAGCCAAUUGGUCCUCUUAUAAGAAGAAUAGGAGAUGUGAAUCGGUUUCAGAAAUACCGACAAGGCUGCUGGAAGCGAUUGAUUACUCGACGAGAUUAAUCCCACAAAACUACUGGACGGUGGCGUAUAGCAUUCUAGCAAAAGGAUUUUCGGUAAAAUGGGAGACGAAUCAGAGGUACCUGAAUAGUUGUCUCUCGUGCAAUUCAAGUAAAGGGAUAUGCGGGUAUAAUGUUUCGGACCCUGAACAUCCGUUUCUGUGCCAUUGCAGGAAAGCCCCUUCCCAGCCGCUCAAUUGCUUCAACGUCAUUAGGAGGAGGAGGAAAACAUAUAUCAUUGCGGGCGGCAUCGGAGGUGCGCUUGCAUUACUAGCUGCAACAACACUAUUUGUAUGCAUCUGGGUUAGGAAGAAACGGUACGCCGUGGCGUCCCCCAGCUGGGGCAAAGAUUUUGAAUCUGUGAAGAGAAAUAUCCCCAGUUUGACAGUUUUCAGCUAUGAGGAACUGGAAGAGGGGACUAAUGCGUUUGACAGGAGUAGGGAACUAGGAGACGGGGGCUUCGGAGUGGUGUACCUAGGAAAGCUUCGGGACGGGCGUACCGUCGCAGUAAAGAGACUCCAUGAGAACAACCCUAAAAGGCUGGACCAAUUCCUUAAUGAGCUUAGGAUUCUCUCAACUGUGCACCACGCUAAUUUGGUGCGCCUCUUCGGUUACUGCCAUCAACGCCAAAAUUUGCUGCUUGUUUAUGAAUAUGUCCCUAAUGGCACCUUGUUCUACCAUCUUCACCGCGAACACCCAGAAGGAGAAAAGGGCUUAUCUUGGAGGACCCGAUUAAAUAUUGCUCUGGAAACGGCGGAAGCUUUGUCCUAUCUUCACUUCUCAGUUGAGCCUGCAAUUUUUCACAGAGACGUAAAGUCCACUAACAUUCUGUUGGAUGAAUAUAUGAGAGUAAAAGUGGCUGAUUUUGGGCUGUCAAGGGUAAUGCCUCUGGAGUCCACACACAUUUCCACAUUCCCCCAGGGGACACCCGGCUAUGUAGACCCCGUCUACCAUCAGAUGUAUCAGCUCACAGAUAAAAGUGAUGUUUACAGCUUCGGUGUGGUUUUGGUGGAGCUCAUAUCGGGGAAGAAAGCUGUGGAUACAAAGAGAGAUAGCAAGGACAUCGGCUUGGCAAACAUGGCGAUCUCCAAUAUUCAAAACGGUACUUUGAAUGAGCUGGUGGAUCCGGAUCUGGAGUUUCAGAGCGACCCUCUUGUAAAUUCAAUGGUUACAGGUGUUGCUGAGUUAGCCUUCAUGUGUCUGUCGUAUGAGAAGGACGACAGGCCCUGUAUGAUGGAAGUUGUGACUCAGCUUCAACGCAUAAAGCAGUUGGGUUAUGGGUGUCCCAACUGCCAGGCGGUGGGACACAGGGCCGAGGGAUUCCCAACCUUCGUUUCCUUCACGCCGCCCUUUUCUCCAAACACACCUCAACCAAUGUGCUCCAGCUCCACCGCAAGCUCUUAAACAGAAAUUACUGGAUAAUAAUUAUUAUACGCCUACUAUACUAGUGCCUUGCUCUCUCUAUGUAAGUAUAUUUCUGUAUGUAAACGAAAACAAUGUAAAUUUGUGGAUUUCAUGUUUCAAUGCAAUUUAAGAAAGAAAGAGAAAAUUUAGAGGCGUUCCAAAAAGGGGUAGUCAAACAUCUUUUUGGCCUGCUUCUACCAUUCGAAAAGUUAAACCUUUUUUUCAAUCGGUAUUCCAUUUGACGUCUUCUGGCUGCUGUUGAGUAUCAGUUACUUGACUUAUAUAUUAUAUAUUUGGUUUCAUAAUCA